AUCAAGCAAACUCGCAGACCCAUAAAACAUCUGGUGUAGUAAUUGACAUUUAUUUCGGUUUUAAAAAAUCGCUGAAUUAAAUAUUUUAUGUGAUACCACUGCUGAAGGCUUACUUAUCGUUUGAAACAACCACUUUGAUGUUCGUCUUGGACCUCGUUUUCCGUGGAUCUGGAGAACAACUGACUGAUACAACUGACAUACAUCGGGGAGCUCUUGGAGCUAGGAGGCUUCCUGGAUAUCCCCACUGGAAAAGAACCAUCGGACAAAUACGAAAGUACUAUCCAUGGUGCUGAAUUUAUUUUGACGAGAUGGUGUUGCGAAACUUCGCAGUUCACAGACACUUUCAUCAGCGAUUGAACGCCGAAGUUCCAUCGCCUGUAACCAAUAGGGAACGACAUCAAGGAGACGGCUAAUUAUACGCGAAAGUUUAGGCUGAUGCAAGGAGACUUGCGGCGCGAUAACGGUUCAUCAGUGAAGAUCACCUAAUGAAGUCCCAGACGUCGAAUUGCAGGAAUAAAUUUGGUGACGUGUGAAGAAAAGCAGACCACUUUUUCACCGUUGACGAGAAACCUUUCAAGAGGCAAGACGCUGCGUUAUGGUAACCAACAAGAUCAAAAAAGAACUGCUCUAAGAAGUCCUUCAGAGGCUUGAAGAUGGAUUCGGGAUAUAUUAACGCAAGUGAAAACCCCAUUGAUAAUGCGACCAUGUUGCUGUACAACUCGUACAUGGCAUUAUGGGAAGAUUUCGACAGCAGCGUGAAUGACAUGCGCUACUUCCUGAUUGGACUGUACACAACCGUGAGCGUCCUGGGUCUCCUAGGAAACGUGCUCAUACUGACGGCGCUGGCCAGGAAGUGGCGAGAGAAGAGCAUCAUAAACCUCCUGGUGGGCAACCUGGCCUUCUCGGACAUCCUGGUGGUGCUGUUCUGCUCCCCCUUCACCCUCACCAGCGUGCUGCUGGACCACUGGGUUUUCGGGGAGGUCAUGUGCCACGUGGUGCCCUUCCUGCAGUGCGUCUCCGUGGUGGUCUCCACGCUGGUGCUCAUGUCCAUCGCCAUGGUGCGCUACCACAUGAUCAGCCGGCCGCUGUCGGCGCACAUGUCAGUGCACUCGGGGUACGUCCUGCUGGCGGCCAUCUGGACGCUGGGCCUGUCCAUCUGCUCGCCGCUGCCCGUCUUCCACCGCACGGUGGACGUGAGCCGCGCCUUCCGGCUGGGGCCGCCACAGCGGAGCAAGUGGCUGUGCGUGGAGUCCUGGCCCUCGGGCGCCUACCGGGUGGCCUUCACCCUGGGCCUGCUGCUGGUGCAGUACAUCCUGCCCGUGGUGUGCCUGACGGCCAGCCACGCCACGGUGUGCCGGCGGGUGUGGGCGGGCGAGCUGGCGCAGCAGGGGCAGCCGCCGGGGCCGGCCGAGGAGAACGAGGCCAUCCGGCUCACCCUGCCGCCGCCGGCCGAGCGACGGGGCCGCCGCCUGCCGCGACGCGUCUCCGCCCCCGAGGGGUGGAGCCUGGGGCCGGUGGGCGGGAAAGAGAGGCGGCGGUACAGCAGGAAGGGGUGCGCGGUGGGGCCAGUCGCCGGCCGCGACCGGGUCUCCGGGGGGUCCCGGGGGUCCGGCGAGGGGGCGGCGGCUCGGGACGGGGACGGGGACGGGGACCGUGACCGGCGACCGCCCCCCCUCCUCCGCGUCCCCCAGCCGGGCCCGCUCCCGCCCAACGUCCCCGUCUGCUUCGAGGAGCUGAAGGAGGAGGAGUGGCGGACGGCGCUGACCGCCGCGCGGACGUCGGUGUCGCGCGCCAGGAGGCGGUCCCGCGUCGUCUUCCUCAAGCUGACCGCCGUGGUGCUGGCCUUCGCCGUCAGCUGGAUGCCGCUGCACGUCUUCCACCUGCUGACCGACUUCAGCACCGACCUCAUCUCCAGCCGCCAUUUUAAGCUGGUCUACUGCAUCUGCCACCUGCUGGGCAUGCUGUCCUGCUGCCUCAACCCCGUGCUGUACGGCUUCCUCAACAACGGCAUCAAGUCCGACCUGCUGUCCCUCAUCCGCUGCCUCUAGGCAGCAGAGAGAAUGUGUUUCAUGCAUUACGUGACAUUACAUUAUAUUACAAUACAGGCAUUUAGCAGCCGCUCUUAUCCAGAGCGACUUACACAACUUUUUUUUUGUUUACAUUACAUUGAAUCCAUUUAUACAGCUGGAUAUGUACUGAAGCAAUGCAGGUGAAGUACCUUGCUCAAGGGUGCAAGGGCAGUGGCCUACCCGGGAAUCGAAACCUGUGACCUUUCGGUUACAAGACCAUGCUGCGGUUUACGGGGCACCUUGGGAUGUUCCAGGAAACAGCAGGGAACCUUCCGGAUUCGAUCUAGUGGAGCUCCAGCCGGCUGUGCCACCUCAACGAUAGCAGGUUCGAUGCGAGGUCGGUGAGAGACGUCAGCGCAAAAGGACGUCGGGGAACCUGUAUUUAAUCUACAUCCACAUCAAUCUAUGGUCCUUAACGUUCACCUGCAGAUGAAUGCAAGCUGUUCGGCGGGCUCAUUUAGGCUCAUUUAGCUUUAGCGAUCGCUCAACCCGCCAUCCUGAGCGCUGAUGAAUCCCAGCCAUAAUAUUUGAUAAUUACAACUUACCGCUAACCUUCGGGGGCCCACUUUUGAAAAGAACAUUGACCUUCUCCAAUAAACUUUAAUUUAUUUCCUAGCCACGGUCAUUAGCAUAUUAACAAGAAUGUAAUAGGAGAUCAUUUUAAGUUAAACUUUCGGUUAAUUUUUCAGUUAACAGCCUAAGAAGCCCUCACAGCAAUUUCAAAGUAAUUAUGGCUGAGGAACAGUAAUGUGUCUUCAGAAAGCUCUUAAGUUUUAUUGCCAUUGCAAACAAACACAUUGGUAUUCACUCCUUGGUGAUGUACCAUUAUCAAUUUCCAACCGUACUUUCACACGUGUGGUGUACAUACAUAUGGAAAAUAUGCCAGUUGUAACAAGUAUUUCUGUAUAUUUAAAAUGUAUUCACAUCACGUCCGGAUAAAAAAAUAUGUUGUUUCAUUUUAUUAUUAAUCAUCAUUGUUUAGUAUGACCCUUGUGCUGAUAAGUGCCAAAUCAUGGUUACCCACGUAUAUAGCUGAGUGUAUUUCACUGAAGCAAUUUGAGUUUCUUGCACAAGGUCAUAAUAGCUGUGUUCCCACCUGGGAAAACAGGCUGGAAACUUUGAUUGAGAACCUGCCAAUAAGGCAAGCCUUAUGAACAGCGCUGUUUCAGAAAGGCAGGGUUGGUGUCGACCAUUAGGCUAAUUAACGGCACUGAUCGAUCGUCGCCGUCCCGUGUUAAAGCACCUCUUUCCUGCAGGGAGGGGCCUCUUUCAGCGUGACGAUGCUUCUGUCCACGGAGCUUGAGUACCUGCUGUCAUUGUAGCUAAGCAUGCGCUGACUUACUUUACUAUGGGAGAGAGUGGAGUCCUACUGUAGAUAUGCUGGUGAGAUCUGUACCACGGUAUAUAAGAACCUGCUGUCAUUGUACAGAAGCUAAGUAUGUGCCGACUUACUUUACUAUGGGAGAGAGUGGAGUCCUACUGCAGAUAUGCUGGUGAGAUCUGGACCAUGGUAUCUAAGUACCUGCUGUCUUUGUACAGAAGCUAAGCGUGCACUGUUACUUUACUCUGGGAAAGUGGAGUUCUGAUGCAGAUAUGCUGGUGAGA